AUGGGGAGAGGCAGUUUGGAUUUUGCCAAAUCACUAGCAAAUGAURCAGAGGAGCAAGAGGAAUCCAACUUAGACAUUGACAAACCUGAAUGGUGUAAAUGUGGUGUUUGUGUAGUUAUGCCAACAGAACAGGAAAAUCUUUGCUGUAAGAGAGUCACCUGUUUGACAUGCUAUACUGCUUUUGCUAACAUCUGUUUGGACAGGGACGUUUUGGAAAUAUGCAUAAARGCCAGAUGUGACAUACGGGCAGAAGACUUCAAUUUCACUAUGGAGAGUUUUCGUAAAGCUGGCUAUCGCCAAUUUGCACUCUGGCGCUAUGGAAAACUUGGAAGGGACAACCGCAGAGUUUUACCAGCAUGCGCUGUCAGGAGAAUACGUGAAAGGUAUCCAGCUCCUGAUGGAAAUUACAUGGGAUUUCGACUGCAUUAG